UACGACAAGCUCUGAUGGCCGUGCGGCGACAUCGAAGAGCCGGCUUCCAUAAAAAGGCCCGAAUCUCCCGCGAAUCGAGCGAGGGAGACCGAUCCGAAUUCCUCGCCGUGCGAAGACAAGCUCCGGAGCUCGAUUUUGAUGGUUCCUUCCCCCUUUCCGUCACUCCGUUCGCCGUGGAUCUACGAUACGUGAUUCGGCUCGCUUUUGGUUGGAAGUUUGGUUAGUUCCCCUUUCUUGACAUCAAAUCUCUGCUUCUUUUGUCGAUUGGGGCUUGGCUUGCUCGGUUUAGGUAGCUUUGGUUCGAGUUCGAUCAUCAAAAUGUCGCCUUUCUGCUCGUGUAUGACUAGGGUGUGAAGUCGUCGCGGUUUGGUUUUGUGUGGGGGGCUGUUUGGACGAUUGAUGAUGUUCUUCUUGUCUGAAAUUUUUGCCAGAUUCAUUUGGUUGCAGACCUGUUUCUUGAUUGAGUAUGGAUUAGAGCUGGCUACGUUUGGGAAUCAAGUACUGGAGCCUUUUGUUUAACCGGCUAACCUUUAUCUUUAGCUUCAUUUGGCUUGGGUUCGUCCGGAAAUUUGAUUUGUUUUCCCUAAAUUAGGUAUUUUAUUGGAGAUCUGUGCUGCAUGGCCAAUAGAAACAUUAGACCAUAUUGGUGUUUAUGCCGGAAACCCUUCCUUUUCUGCCUCUCCUUUGCGACAGUCCUGGUUCUGCCCUACCUCUUCUUCUGGGGUUAUGCUGGCAAACCAGUCGUCAACCAUGUAUUGCUGAAAGAAAAGAUCUUUUCUGUGAUCGAGAACCAAGGUAGCCCUUCAAGGGAACAUGAAGAUGAGGCUUCGUCGCUCGUGGAGUCACCUUUCUUGGAUGAAAAUGGACCAGCAGAUGAAAAGCUCGAGCGAUGUCAUCCGAACAACGUGCUUCUGAAAGUUUUCAUGUAUGAUUUGCCACCUGAGUUUCACUUUGGUCUUUUGGGUUGGGAUGGUGGUGGCAAGAGCGUGUGGCCUGAUAUACGCACCAAAGUUCCAAACCAUCCUGGCGGGUUGAAUCUUCAGCACAGCAUUGAGUACUGGCUGACACUGGAUCUCCUGUCCUCGAGAUUUCCUGACCGGACUGGCCCAUGCAGCGUGGUGAGGGUCGAGGAUUCUCGUGAAGCUGAUGUUGUGUUUGUGCCCUUCUUUUCAUCUUUGAGCUACAAUCGACAUUCAAAGAUCAAGGCACAUCAAAGAGUCAGUACAAACAAGUUGUUGCAGCAGAAGUUGGUGCGAUUUUUGACAGCUCAAAAGGAGUGGAAAAGGUCAGGGGGGCGAGACCAUAUCAUAAUGGCACACCACCCAAACAGCAUGUUAGAUGCUCGGACGAAAUUGUGGCCUUGCAUGUUCAUUCUUGCAGAUUUUGGACGGUACGCUCCCCAUGUAGCUAAUGUGGAGAAAGACAUAAUUGCUCCCUACAGGCAUUUGAUCAAGACAUUUGUCAAUGACUCAUCUGGAUUCGAUGAUCGCCCUACUUUAUUAUACUUCCAAGGAGCUAUCUACAGGAAAGAUGGAGGAUCAAUCAGACAAGAGUUAUUUUAUCUUUUAAGAAAUGAAAAAGAUGUGCAUUUUUCAUUUGGAAGUGUUGGUGCUAAUGGGAUCAAUGAUGCCAGUCGAGGGAUGCAUUCAGCAAAAUUCUGUCUAAAUAUUGCUGGGGACACCCCAUCUUCCAACCGCCUGUUUGAUGCCAUAGCUAGCCACUGUGUACCAGUCAUCAUCAGUGACGAUAUCGAGCUCCCAUAUGAAGAUGUCCUCGACUACUCCAAGUUUUCCAUCUUUGUGCGCACAUCCGAUGCGAUUAAAAAAGGUUUUCUGAUAAAACUGAUCAGAGGAGUAAGUCGAGAGGCCUGGACCCAGAUGUGGCAAAGAUUGAAAGAGGUCGAAGGCUAUUUUGAGUUCCAGUACCCAUCCAAGGAAGAUGAUGCAGUUCAGAUGAUAUGGCAGGCAGUAGCCAGAAAGGUGCCAGCAAUUCGGCUCAAAGUACACAAAUCAAGACGAUUUUCUCAGUUUAAUAUACGAAAAUAGGAUGAGAAGCAUGUCAUUUUUUAGUCUCAUCUACACCCGGUAGAUUGACUGCCAUUCACAUUAUUCCUCUAACUUAGAAUUGCCCACAGUUGGUGAGUUUUCUUCGAUCCAACGAGAGUUUGGACAUAUGCUCACAAUAGUCUAUCGCAAACUCUAACUUAGAGUUUGUGGCAGAUUAUUUCUCAGAUUUUCUAAGUUGCAGAUAGUGAGUGAGAGGAUAAAGUGAUUUUUCAGAGGGACAUAUGCUCAUUUGUUAGGAAACGAACACUGUUGGUUUCUCUCCUAGUCCAAAUUUCAUAGACUAUGAUCUUGUUGUAACAGCCAUAUGAAGAUCGUCUUCCUCAUGAUGUAACAUAGGUGGAAUCUGUGAAAUGUUCAUAGCACCAAACAGCUGAUGAGUCUUUCCUUGAUGAUCAGCUGCACCUAUUUGUAUUUUGCAGAAUGUUCA